AUGAUAUUAGGACCAAUCAGUCUCCUCGACUGUUUGGCUUUUGUUAUAAUCCUCAUUCCUCAGCUUCUGUACCAAGCAGGCAUCUUUUCCCUUGUUCUUGUCAUAGCAAAAGUGAUACCAUUUCUGAUUUUCCGAUUGCCAUUUCAAUUAAUACGUGAACGGAGCUACACGAACAAGAGCCAACAGUCUCCAUUUACAAGGAAUGCCACUCUUUUCCAGGACCUGGUCAUCCGAUGUGUCCGCUAUGCAUUUGCAAACAUUCCCGCCAGCAUCGGAAGGGUUUUCUUUUCAAAAUGGGUGGCCUAUCCAUUCUUUCGCUUCAGGCUCCUUCGACAUGGCUAUCUGCAUUGUCCCAUGUACUAUCGAGAGAUCAUCAGACGUGGCGUAAGAGGUUUGUGGAUAGUUGAUAAUCCAAACUCCGAUCCGGACAUUGUAAUAUAUUACGCACAUGGCGGCGGUUUCUCCAUGGGGUCAGCAUACUUCUAUAUCGAAUUUCUCAUGGCUUGGGCUACUCGAUUAAAGGAGAGCGGCUUCGAUAAUCCGGCGGUAUUUGCUCUAGAGUACACCCUGGUUCCUGAUGCCCAGUGGCCGACGCAAUUUAACGAGACCAGGUCUGGCUACACUUUCCUGCAAGAUGCCUUUGGCGAUGGUUCGGCCGCGAAAAUCUGCGUCAGUGGAGAUUCUGCUGGGGCGACGCUUAUCCUCAGUAUGUUGCUUCAGCCAGGACACCUGGAGCAGGAUCCUCACUUUCAAGCACUGCACAAACCUGGAUUGGCCAUUUUGAUGUCUCCAUGGACUCACCUCGUCUCAUCACUCAACCAGAAUACGCCGAGUGACUACCUAGAUCGAGAGAGUCUGCAUCUGUAUGCAAAGCAAUAUGCGGGGACAUCAACCACGACGGAUGAAGUUAUAUCUCCGGGAUUAAGCACAGGUCGAUGGAAGCACGCAUCGCCGAUCAACGGCUAUCGGAUUGUGUAUGGGAGCGAGGAAGUUUUUGAGCCUGGUAUCCAUCAGAUGAUCAAAAAUAUGAAGACCAAUGGGGCGGCAGUAAAGGAACAUGAACAUAAAGCUGGGAUUCACGCUUGGCCGGUCGUCAAUCUGUUUCUCGGGGCAAGUCGAGAGGAACGAAUGUCAGGGCUUGACAUCAUAACUGAAUACAUCAUGGCCUCGAGUAUGGCGUCAAAAGUUGUAAAGGCGUCGAAAGAGACUUGA